AAUUAAUUGCCAUUCUAUAUUAUUGAAAAAAAAAAUAAAUGAUAUAAUAGAUUUAAUAAUACAACAUAUUAGAAUAAUUUUUGAACUCUUCACUCUAAUCUCAUUAGGUUCUCGAUAUUAAUUUGAGUUCUAAUUAAAUUGAUGGAAUUUGGGUAUCAAGCUUAGGUUCUGCUUUAGUAAGUUGCAGUAAUCUCUCAAAUUUGUCACUUUAUCUGAGUUUCAAUUAAAUUGGUGAUGAAGGUGUGUAAGUCUUAGGUUCUGCUUUAGCAAAUUGCACUAAUCUUUAAAAUUUGACACUUGGUCUUAGUUACAAUUAAAUUGGUGCAAUUGGUGCAUCAGGCUUAAGUUCUGCUUUAGUAAAUUGCACUAAUCUCUCAAAUUUGGCACUUUAUUUUAUUUCGAAUAAAAUUGAUGGAAUUGGUGCAUCAGGAUUAGGUUCUGGUUUAGCAAAUUGCACUAAUCUCUCAAAUUUAACACUUGAUCUUGGUUACAAUUAAAUUGGUGCUAUCGGUGCAUCAAACCUAGGUUCUGCUUUAGCAAAUUGCACUGAUCUCUCAAAUAUGACACUUAAUCUUAGUAAAAAUUAAAUUGGUGAUGAAGGUACAUAAAGCUUAGGUUUUGCUUUAGCGAAUUGCCCUAAUCUCUCAAAUUUGACACUUGAUAUUACUUCCAAUUAAAUUGGUGCGACUGGUGCAUCAGGCUUAGGUUCUGCUUUAGCAAAUUACACUAAUCUUUCAAAAUUGACACUUUAUCUAUAUUGGAAUUAAAUUGGCGAUUAAGGUGUAUCAGACUUAGGUUUUGCUUUAAAAAAUUGCACUAAUCUCUCAAAUUUGACACUUGACCUUCGUUCCAAUUAAAUUGGUGCAAUUGGUGCAUCAGGCUUAGCUUCUGCUUUAGCAAAUUGCACUAAUCUCUCAAGUUUGACACUUAAUCUUAAUUCAAAUUAUAUGGGCACAAUUGGUGCAUCAAGUUUAGGUUCUGCUUUAGCGUAUUGCACUAAUCUCUAAAAAUUGACACUUUAUCUUCGAUCAAAUUAUAUUGAUGGAAUUGGUGUGUCAGGCUUAGGUUCUGCUUUAGAAAAUUGCACUAAUCUCUCAAAUUUGACACUUGAUCUUAGUUACAAUUAAAUUGGUAUAAUUGGUGCAUCAAACUUAGGUUCUGCUUUAGCGAAUUGCACUAAUCUCUCAAAUUUGACACUUGAUCUUAGUGGCAACAAAUUGGGCGAUAAAGGUACAUCUGGCUUAUGUUAUGCUUUAGCAAAUUGCACUAAUCUCUCAACAUUUAUUCUGGAUCUUGGUAAAAAUCAAAUUGGUGCAAUUGGUGCAUCAUGCUUAGGUUCUGCUUUAGAAAAUUGCACUAAUCUCUCAAAUUUGACACUUCGUCUUAGUGACAAUCAAAUUGGUGACGAAGGUGCAUCAGGCUUAGGUUCUGCUUUAGCAAAUUGCACUAAUCUCUUAAAUUUGACACUUUUUCUUAGUAACAAUUAAAUUGGUGAUGAAGGUGCUUCAAAAUUAGGUUAUUCUAUAGCUUAUUGCACUAAUCUCUCAAACUUAACACUUUAUAUUUGUGACAAUUAAAUUGGCGAUGAAGGUGCAUUAGGCUUAGGCUCUGCUUUAGCAAAUUGCACUAAUCUUUCAUAUUUGAAUGUUACAUUUUUUAGGAAUCAAAUUGGUGCAAAUGGUUAAUCAGGCUUAUGUUCUGCUUUAGCAAAUUGCUCUAAACUUUCUAAUUUGGAACUUUCUUUUUAAGAUAAUAAAAUUCGUGAUGAAGGUGCAUCAGUCUAAGGAUUUGCAUUAGCAAAUAUCACUAAUAUCUCAUUUAAUCUUAAUAAAAAUCAAAUUGGUGCAAUUGGUGUAUCAUGCUUAAGUUCUGCUUUAGAAAACUGCACUAAUCUAUCAAAUUUGGUACUUUAUCUUAGUAACAACUAAAUUGGUGCAAAUGAUGCAUCAGGUUUAGGUUAUGCUCUAGCAAAUUGCACUAAUCUCUCAAAUUUGAUACUUUAUCUUAGUGACAAUUAAAUUGGUGCAACUGGUGCAUCAGGCUUAGGUUCUGCUUUAGCAAAUUGCACUAAUCUUUCAAAUUUGACAAUUGUUCUUUCUUCCAAUAAAAUUUGUGAUGAAGGCACAUCAGCUUUAGGUUCUGCUUUUGCAAAUUUCAUUAAUCUCUCAAAUUUGACACUUAGUCUUUAUGACAAUUAAAUUGGUGCAAUUGGUGCAGCAAAUUUAGGUUCUGCCUUAGAAAAAUGCACUAAACUCUCGAAUUUGGCACUUUACCUAAGGUAAAAACAGUAUUUUAAUUAUAAAAAUGAAUCUAAAAUAAUAUGUUUAAACUUUUUUAAUUUAUUUAUUAGUUUUUAUUUCAUUUAAUUUUUAUUUUUCUUUUUAUUGUACUUUUUUUUUACUUCGUCUAUCUUUCUUAAUUUGAGUCGUUUUUUAUUUUCAAAUUUUACUUUUAUUACUAUUAAUUAAUUUUUUAUUAUUUCAUAUUUUUUCUUCAUUUUUUCCUUUUAAAUAACUAAUUAAUAACAUAUUCUUUCUUUAAUAUUCAAAAAGUUCCAAUUAAAUUUGCUCAAUUGGUGCAUAAAAAUUAGGCUCUGCUGUAGCAAAUUGCAUAAAUCUCUCAAAUUUUACACUUGAUCUUUGGUAAAAAGAAUUUUUUGUUUUGGAUUUUCAAAUUUUUAGAUAUAAAAAUGAAUUUAAAACAAUAUAUUUUAAUUCUUUUAAUUUUUUUCUUCUUUUUUAUUGUAUUUGUGUUUUUUACUCUUCUAGUUUUCAUAAUUUAACUCUAUUUUGCAUUUUUAAACUUUGAUUUUAUUAUUGUUAAUUUAUUUAUUUCUUAUUAUUUCUUCAUUCUUCCCUUCCAAAAAAAUAAAUAAUUAAUUAAUAAUUUUAUAUAUUUAUUUUUCUCCAAUAUUUAAAAAGUGACAAUCAAAUUAAUGACGAAGGUGCAUCAAGCUUAGGUUAUGCUUUAGCAAAUUGCAUUAAUCUCUCAAAUUUGACACUUGAUCUUCGUAACAAUUAAAUUGAUGAAAAAGGUGUAUAAGGCUUAAGUUCUGCUUUAGCAAAUUACACUAAUCUCUCAAAUUUUAAACUUUUUCUUGGCGAAAACUAAAUCAAUGAAUUAUCAUAAUAAAAAUUGAGAAUAUAAAAGAAAUGCCUUAAAUCAAAAAGAUUAGUUGUCUUUCAAAUAAGUUUUGAUAGGUGGUGAUAAAAAGAUGAAUAAAUAUAAAAUAUUUUAAUAAUAGAAAAUAACAUGUUUUAUUAAACAUUAUUUUGUAAUAAUAUAAUUUCACCUCAAUUUAUUUUAUAUACAUUUGUUAUUUAUGG